UUGGGAAGGUGCGCCUGCGCAGACUGCUACACUAAAAACCUACCGCUUAACUUCAGCUUUAACUCCAGCCGCCUCGCUUACAGCAUGGAAAGGAAAGUUCUUGCACUACAGGCGAGGAAGAAAAGGACAAAGACUAAGAAACCCGGCAAAAAACCAGACCCUGCAUCCCAGCAGAAUGACUCUCCUCUCCCAGACCAGGAUGAGGAGAUACUGGGCUCUGACGAUGAGGAGCAGGAAGACCCCAAUGACUACUGUAGAGGAGGUUACCACCAUGUGAAGAUAGGAGACCUGUUCAAUGGUAGAUACCAUGUGAUCAGGAAGCUGGGCUGGGGACAUUUCUCCACCGUGUGGUUGGCCUGGGACAUACAGGGGAAGUGUUUUGUGGCCAUGAAGGUGGUGAAGAGUGCAGAGCAUUACACUGAGACAGCCCUGGAUGAGAUCAAGCUGCUGAGAUCAGUCAGGAACACGGACCAGAAGGACCCCAGCAGGGAGAGGGUAGUUCAGCUACUGGAUGACUUCAGGAUCUCUGGCAUCAACGGAACUCAUGUCUGUAUGGUGUUUGAGGUUCUGGGUCAUCACCUGCUGAAGUGGAUCAUCAAGUCUAACUACCAGGGCCUUCCUCUGCCCUGCGUCAAGAGCAUCAUACGACAGGUUCUCCAGGGCCUGGACUACCUUCACUCCAAGUGUAAGAUCAUCCAUACAGACAUCAAGCCAGAGAACAUCCUGUUGACGGUCAACGAGCCCUACAUCAAGAAGAUGGCUGCCGAGGCAACGGAAUGGCAGAGGACUGGAGCUCCACCCCCCUCCGGUUCCGCAGUGAGCACAGCUCCAGCACCCAAACCAACGGUGAAGAUGUCUAAGAACAAGAAGAAGAAGAUGAAGAAGAAACAGAAGAAGCAGGCAGAGAUGUUAGAGAAGAGGAUUCAGGAGAUGGAGGGAGCGCCGGAAGGAGGAGAGGAAGAGGAGGGGGAGGAAGAGACCACUACAGACGCCCCUCCCUGUGCCCCCCCGCCCUCGUCUGACACGCUACAGGACAUGGCUAAUGAUGUCACAGCAGGUCUAGAUAAACCGGAAGAGAAGGAGGAGGAGGAGAGCAGGAUGGAGGUGACCUGCAACGGCCACACAGAGGAGGACACGGCGAGCCAGGAGGUACAGAGGACCGAGGAAGAAGAGGAGAUAGACGAAGAGGACCAACAGAAAGCCAACAAACUCAACGCCAGCACGGAGGGUCGAGACCUGCCGGUCAAUGCAUCUUACCCAGAGUACAACGGCAAAGGUCCCGGUGACCCACACGAUCCCGGUACAGACGAUAAAGUAGCAGCAGGUAGUCUGUUGGUCAACCCUCUGGAACCUCUCAAUGCAGACAAGAUCCAGAUCAAAAUCGCCGACCUGGGGAACGCCUGCUGGGUGCACAAACACUUUACAGAUGACAUCCAAACUCGUCAGUACCGUUCUCUGGAGGUGUUGAUGGGAGCGGGCUACGGGACGCCUGCUGAUAUCUGGAGCACUGCUGCAAUGGCCUUUGAGCUGGCUACAGGAGACUACCUGUUUGAGCCUCACUCUGGACAGGACUACACCAGAGAUGAAGACCACAUAGCGCUGAUCAUUGAGCUGCUGGGUAAAGUUCCUAGGAAGCUGAUCCUAGCAGGAAAAUACUCCAAGGAAUUCUUCACCAAGAAAGGGGACCUCCGGCACAUCACCAAACUGAAGCCGUGGGGUCUGUUGGAGGUGUUGGUGGAGAAGUAUGAGUGGUCUAAAGAGGAGGCAGCUACCUUCUCCAGCUUCCUGCUCCCGAUGUUAGACCUGGUACCAGAGAAGAGAGCCACGGCUGCGGAGUGCCUCCGACACGCAUGGAUCGCCCCCUAGAGGAUCCCCGGGCGCUACCACAGUCACAAGCAGCAGACAUGUACAUAAACACACUAACGCAUACACUCUUCGAUACACACAUUCAAACAUACAUAAACACACACCUCAACGGAGAGCCAGGGCUUUCACUAUGACUGCAUCUCCACCUAGUGGUUCAACACACACACACACUAGACUGGCUGCUGAACACCCUAGUGUCCCAGGUAUAAUCCAGUAGAACUCUUAUCUGUUUGUCUCUUAUUCGGUUCCUUGUUUCUACUGACUGGAUAUCACUUGAGUAUCAACGUCUUUUCUCUCUCCUCCCUCUCUUUUCUCUCUGUACCAACGAUGACACCUGGUAACACGUUUUGUUCUGAGAGUAUCCUGUCUUUUAGUUUUUGUCUUGUUUGAUUGAAUAUGCACACACCUGUCAGAGUUAAGUACAGACCUCCAAUGGAUCGUAUCACCAGAACACCAACUGUCUACCACUAGACUAGCACAUCAGAAUAGUUUUGUUCUAUGUACAGUAUUGAUAGAGGUUAGUUUGAAUCUUUCCUUCAAUAACAAAACAUAUAUUUAUUGUGUGUUUUGUGGGGAAGCGUAGCUGCCUAGAAUACGAUAAAGAAGGUUUGGACUGUCAUAGAUUCUAAGGAUUCUCCAUGAGAUCUUCCUGAACUGGGAACCGAUGUGAAUGAACUGAAACUUCCUGAACGGAAUGGAACCGUCUGGUUCCGUAAGUGGUUCUGUGACAUCAUCCCUGUCCCUUCGUUGUCUCGCUCCAGGUAGCAGCUUUGUAAUAGCACUUCGCACAAUGUGGGGACAGUACCAUGAACUCAAUUUUAAUUUACUACUUUCUGUUACCUGCAUGGGUCCACAGACCAUGACUAAUGCUACUGAAUAACCAUGUUUCAUAUGUUCUCUCCUGUGGUGUUUAACGUUCCACACAAGGUUUGCCUCAGAGAAAGGAAAAAAAAUGAUUUGGGUGUUAGCUAGAUGGUGUGAUACAAUAUCAUGAAUCAAUUAUCCACUUUCACAAAAUUAUCAGAAUGGGUACUACUGUAUCUGAUUCCAGAAAAUCAGAUUUUUAUUUUCUAUUCAGAAGGUCGUGGUUGCCUUCCAAAAAUGGCCGCCCUGUUCCCUAUAAAGUUAGGAACACGGUGCCAUAUCUGGACCCCUGUGUUGUACAUAUCUGUACUAAAUACGUUGACCGUGGCUCUCUGCUUUCCCUCUACAGAACAGCGGCUGUACAGUUUUUAGGAGCUGCUGUUUCAACGGUGUACGUUAUAAAGGAGAGGGGGCUGUCUACGUCCCAAAUGGCACCCUAUUCCCUACACAGUGCACUACUUUUGACCCGAUUCUUAAGGGCCCAGUUCAAAAGUAGUGCACUAUAUAGGGAAUAGGGUGCCACUUGCGGUGUUGAAAUUGUUUGAGUCGUUUAGGAUGUCAACUGAAGCCUUGAGACGCGUUUGCUAGUUUUUUGCUGCAUUUUAAAGCAUAUUUUCAUACUGAUGUUGCCCCGCUUGCAGUGGUCUGCUGUUUUAACUGCAUCAAAGAGAAACAAAAUCGUGGAUUGUAAUAAUAAUGAGGCUGGAAUACCCCCCCCCCCCCGUUUUGCUCUUUUUCUACAAGCCCCUCCCUUCUCUAUUCUCUUUCCCUGACCGCUCCUUGCCUCUUCCUCCUCCUCUGCCUUUGAUUGUUUACUGCUAAAUCGAGCCUCUUUUCUGUACUUAAUAAAAAAUGAACAUUUUGGAAAUGG